AUGGAUUUCUCACCGAGCCCAGACAGUGAUACUUCUGGCUACUAUAGAAAUCGCAGCCGACGUGAUGAGCGUGACCGGGGGAAUCGAGGAAGAUCGAAGGAACGCUUCCGCAACAAUAGUCGCUACAGCCGCAGUCGCUCUCGAUCGUACAGCAGGGAACGUUACAGCUCGCGCCAGCGGAGCAAUGAAAGAGAUCUUUACAGAGAUGAAAACGAUCCAGAGUAUGAUGAUGGAGGCUGGGAAAGAGAACGCUACAGACCUCGCAGCCGAGAACGGGAUCGAGAAAGACGAUCACGCGAACGGUAUCGCGAUCGAAGAGAUCGCGAGAAGGGGAGUCGUCGCGGAGGAUAUUCUCCCAGCUCUUUGGAUGAUGGAGACAAUUUCGACAGCGAUAAUGAGUACAUGUAUGAAACCACGCCCAACAAUAAUAUCAUUAUUCGCGGGUUAGCCCCGCAAGUGACCGAAGCAGACAUCAUAAGCGAUCUCAUUCAGUGCGGUUUGCAGGCACUCCAUGUGAGGCUGAUUCGCAGGAAAAAGACAGGUGAAUCGAGAGGGUUCGCAUUUGUCGAGUUUCGCACAGAAGAGGAAGCAACUCGGUGGAUAUGUUACAAACAGGGUGUGUUGGUGUUCAACGGAUAUCAUGCCGUCAUGCAGUACACCUUUUCGAUGCCCUCGAAAAUGCAUACGGACUGGUAUUGUGCAAAGUGCUACGCGUUCAAUUUUAAACGAAGGGAAAACUGUUUCAAGUGUCACGUUUCCCGCAAAGGUAGUGAAAUCGGGGGCGAUGGAAGCGACGAGAUGAGCAACAUUCUAACGAAAAAGAUUAUGCUUCGCAAUCUGGACGUGCUGACGAACGAGGAGAGCGUGCUGGGCGUGAUGCAGAAGUGUUUGCCCGCCGAGCUGGUCGCCAAGAUCUCGAAGGUGGUCGUCUGCCGCGAUCCGCUAACGUCAAUUUCGCGCGGUAUGUGCUAUCUGCACUUUGAAAAUCUGGUGGACUCGAUGAACACGCAUAACGCGCUGAAAGAGUUGGAUCCACAGCUGUCGAUCGAUAGCCGGGACGUCAUUAUCUCAUACUGCAUGGACACGGAGAAUCGUAAUCUGAUCAAAUCGAAUCAGCCCGGUCAUCCACACCACCGCGACGCCAAUCACCGUAGUGGAAACAAUAGUGCCGGAGCAACAGGGCAUGGAGAGCACCAGCACCAUCAGUCCGGCGGCAGUUACUAUCAUGGUAGCCAUCGUGCUGACGGCGGUGCUGGUUAUGAUCGCAGUGGCUACGGCAACAGACAUAACGUGCACGAAAUGAAUAAGAAUACCGGAAGUGGAAAUUCCACUGGCGGUAGUGGUGGUCGAAGUAACUACCAACAGCAUUCUGGUGCUCCAUCAUUCAACGCAACUGUGGCCGGAUCCGCUUCGUCGCAGACGACUACUUCGGCGGAUGCAGAUUUACCUGGCAACUAUACCCUCGCCGACGUUCCUCGCCUAGCAGAGUACAGUGCAUCGAUGUAUGCGUCGAAUGCUGCCGAACAUGAGUAUUAUCUGCAGUACUACAAAGAGUACUACACGUCAAAGCUGUCACAGACGUUGACACCAAGCCAAGGCCUUCCAACGGGGCCCGUGUCUUCCUCAGGUGGGAGUGAGACGGCCAACAAUGGUGCUGCCGUGGCACAGUCGGCCAUAGCUCGCAAGCAAGCGGGGGGUGCUGGUAAAGGGCCAAAGGCGGAUGGUUUCGGUGUGGGUUUGGUUAGCGGCACAAAUCAAACGAUCCUUCAGUUACCGGUCCCGAAUGGAGUGGAUGGCCGAAAGUACCCGGAUCCCGACACCUCGGUCUAUCAAUAUGACGAAACAUCAGGUUUCUACUACGAUCCUACUACUGGUCUUUACUACGAUGCCAACUCACAGUACUAUUACAACCGUGACACUAGUUCCUACCUGUACUGGGACCCGACCAACCACACAUACGUAUCCGCCCCAUCGUCGAGUGCGAGCGCCGCUGCCGACACUACAAACGUCACCAUAGGGCCAUCGUUACCACCACGGACAGUAAUUGGCCCAUCUGCUGGGGCAGUGGCUCCUACUACCGAAGGCUCUGAUAAGAAUACGGAAAAGGUGAAAAUGAAAGACCAACCACCGCAGGAUAAGGUGAAAGUUGCCAAGAAAAUCGUCAAGGACAUGGAAAAAUGGGCGAAGCAGCUUAAUCAAAAGAAGGACUACAGUGUCAUACAGCCGCCGGCGCGUAUCGAAGAGGCCACUCUUUAUUCCUCACUCGGUCCAUCGAAACCACUGCAAGAGCCGCUCGGUAGCGGAGGCUAUGCCGACGUCGGGUUUUCGCUACUUGAGAAAAAGGACCGCGUUUCUGGUACAACCGGUGCAGGUGCUGCCAGCGGAUCGGUUGCCGGUUCCGGCACUGGUUAUAGUAGCAAAUCUACAGUGACGGCUAGUAGAGCCAUGGCCGGUUCGGCUACUUAUGGCGGAGGUUCCGAUUCGGAUCAGGAGCUUGGAGACGGCGAUGGUGGUGGGUCCAGUGAGCAGGACUUGGUAGAUUUCGAUAAGCUCACGUGCUUGCUGUGCAAGCGUGCAUUCCAAUCACAAGAAAUUUUGAUGAAGCAUUUAAAAAUGUCCGCCCUACACAAAGAAAAUCUCAAGAAACUAAACCUAGCUGGUGGCGGUGGUAUAGGUGGCGGCGGAGGUGGUGGUGGCAGCAGUGACGGAGGUUCCGGUGGAACAAGCACCAGUUUGCAGCAGUAUCGCGAUCGUGCCAAGGAGCGACGAGCCAAGUACGGUGAAGAUGAUGCCCCACCGGUUAAUCGCAGCAAAGAGCGCUUCCAGCGAGAGAUCGAGAAGCAGAGCCAGUCGUCAUUUCAGCAGACCACAUCCUCGUCGCUCCCAAUCAGCCAAAACAAUGUUGGCAAUAAGCUGCUACAAAAGAUGGGUUGGUCCGAGGGCCAAGGUUUGGGUAAAAGCAAUCAAGGGCGUGUGAAUAUCAUAGAGGCGGAGGCUCGCGUGGCCAACGUCGGUCUCGGUAUCAAAGCGAACACCGCAGCACAGUACAGUCGUACCACGGAUGACUACAAGACUUACAUCAAGAAAAUGAUGAAAACUCGCUACGAGCAGGUGGAAGGAACCGACUAACUGUCCAAUUCGUUCCAAAGCCAAAUAGGUGUAACUCUAAAUAUUACGGUUCCAACAUUCGUACACCGUGUGCUGAUUUGUUAGUUAUGCUCUCUAGUGUACGACGGGCGUUCAAAAAGUUCUGACAAUUUUGUAUUUACGCGGGCUACGCGUAUCCGAUUUUCAAAUUUUUUGUGGCGUUAGGUUGUUACACAUGUCAGUGAUUGAUGGUGAAAAGUUCGGCUAUUAUGAGUAAUCGGUCAAUUUUUGACUACUGUUUUGCUUGGACAAUAUUUUUCUCUUCGGCGAUGCCGUCUUUAUCACCUAAAUCGUAUCGUAGUGUCGUCCUUUCAUGCCCUCCUUCAGUUUCCGGAAUAAGAAAAAGUGACAGGGGGCCAGAUCUAGAGAAUACGGUAGCUUUGGCAUCAUAAUUUUUUUUUGGUCAAAAAUUCGAGCAGAAACCACGAUGUGUUAGCAGGAGUGCGACAGCCAAUUUUGGGUUUCGCACAAAUCCGGGCGUUUGUGACGGAUUGCUUCGGGCAAAUUGUGCAUAACUAUCAGGAAAUAUUCGUUAUUGACUGUUCUAUCCUUUGGCAACAACUCAUGAUGCACCACGACCCUGCAAUCGAAGAAAACUGUAAGCUAAACUGUUUACAUUCGACCAAACAUGGCUUUUCAACGUUCACAUCUUCUAGGCCAUCUAAAAAAAGUUUGAACCAUUGAUAAGCGCUGCUUUUGGUCUUAAUAGCAUCACCAUAAGCUACAUCAAUAUUUAAAUUUCGUCCGAGCUUUUAAUUUCGUUUUUUGCACAAAAUUUGAUACAAAUUCUUUGCCAUCAAUUUUUCGGAAUAGACAAAAAUCGCCGAUUGGCCAAGACACGCGCACAGUAAAACAGCUGUAAAAAACUUUCACCAUAAGUUCACCACCGAAAAUUUCACCAUAAGUGAGUGACAUAAGUAGCAACCUAACGCCGAAAAAAAUUUGAAAAUCGAACAUACGUAGCCCGAGUAAAUACAAAAUUGUCAGAACUUUUUGAACGCACCUCGUAUGUUCUCGGAAACUGCUUUCCCUUUCGAGCACCAUAUUGGAUUGUGCUGUAGAACAAUGGUCACAACGACUUCGGCUUCUUGCCUCAAAAUGGUGUGUUACGCGUAACGCCGAAUGGGCUAAUAAAUGCUUUGGCAUACAGUUCAGUUGUACAGUAGGGCAUAGGUUCUAUUACACAGACAGCGAGUGGUGCCGAGCAUAGUAUUCUUUUUACUGGC